UGCUACCGCCCAUGCGCAGAGAGAGGGGGCAACAGCGACGGAGAAAACAACAACAACAAGAGAACAGCGAGAUGGCUCCAUGAAUACAGGCCAACUUCACUCUCACCCAGUUACUAUCCACAACCUACCCGACUGCUGCUUUCUCACACGGCUGGAUUAGAUGGUGCCGGGCCCAUGAACUUGGCUAGUCAGAGCGGGGAGACCGGCUGUAGCCAGCUCCUCUUCGCCAACUUUAACCAGGACAACACGUCUUUAGCUGUUGGAACCAAAUCAGGCUACAAGUUCUUCUCCCUAUCGUCUGUGGACAAGUUGGAGCAGAUUUAUGAAUGUACGGACACAGAGGAUGUGUGUAUUGUAGAGCGUCUGUUCAGCAGUAGUCUGGUGGCGAUCGUCAGUCUGAAGGCUCCUAGGAAGCUGAAGGUCUGUCACUUCAAGAAGGGAACGGAGAUCUGUAACUAUAGUUACAGUAACACUAUACUGGCUGUCAAGCUCAACAGACAGAGGCUGAUAGUAUGUCUGGACAGGUGUGUUAAACUCCUAGCUACAACACUACAACACUGAAGACUCCUGUGUGUGUUUCAGAGGCUCAUAGUAUGUCUGGAGGAAUCUCUGUACAUCCACAACAUCAGAGACAUGAAGGUCCUGCACACCAUCAGAGAGACACCUCCCAACCCCUCAGGGUUGUGUGCUCUCUCCAUCAGUAAUGAUAACUGUUACCUGGCCUACCCCGGCAGUGCUACAAUAGGAGAGGUCCAGGUGUUCGACACGGUCAACCUGAGGGCAGCCAACAUGAUCCCAGCCCAUGACAGUCCAUUAGCAGCUGUGGUGUUUGAUGCUAGCGGAACCAAACUGGCCACAGCCUCGGAGAAGGGUACGGUGAUUCGUGUGUUCUCCAUCCCUGAGGGACAGAAACUGUUUGAGUUCCGUCGAGGAGUCAAAAGGUGUGUAUCUAUCUGUUCCCUGGCCUUCAGUAUGGAAGGCCUCUACCUAUCAGCAUCCAGUAACACGGAGACGGUCCACAUCUUCAAACUGGAGACGCAGAAAGAGAAGCCAACAGAGGAGCCGACGACAUGGGGUGGAUACUUUGGGAAGGUCCUGAUGGCGUCCACCACCUACCUGCCCUCUCAGGUGACAGAGAUGUUCACUCAGGGACGAGCCUUCGCCACCGUACGACUGCCCUUCUCUGGACACAAGAACAUCUGUGCUCUGGCCCUGAUCCAAAAGAUUCCUCGUCUCCUGGUAGCAGCAGCUGAUGGAUAUCUGUACCUCUAUAACCUGGACCCACAGGAGGGGGGAGAGUGUACCCUGAUGAAACAACACAGGUUAGACGGCAGUGCUGAGCCGCCCAAUGAGAUCCUGGAACAGGGGUCACAUGACCGACCCCUUACUGCACAGACCUACAACACUGCUGGGAUGAAAGGUUACUGUGAGGAGGCGGGUGCAGUGGGAGGGGCGGGACUAGAGGAUGACCUCAGCGAUCUGCGAUUGGACGAUGAGAAUGAAGAGCAGCCGCCACUCAUCCUGGAGACGGACUGACUGACAGCUACAGCAACCAAUCAGAGAGCCCCUCUGGUGCUGCUAGGAACAUAUAACAUGGAGGGUGGGAUUAAAAACUCUCAGCGUUCAACAGCGCCUCUGUCUGUCUGUCUGUGGAUGUAUACAUGUUUCUCCCUCCCUCCCUCUGUCUCCCUCCCUCCCCCUCGGUCUCCCUCCCUCCCUCCCUCUGUCUCCCUCCCUCCCCCUCUGUCUCCCUCCCUCCCUCCCUCUGUCCGCCUGUGCAGGUGACUCUUUAGCUUUGCAUGUACAUGUGCCAAGACCAGAACGCUACGCAACGCUCUAACAAGGACCUCUGAAGUGUGUGUGUGUGUGUGUGUGGGUGGGUGGGUGGGCUGAGCUGUAAAUGUGUGUGCUGGGCAUGUACAUUAGCAUACGUUAGCUUCCCAGUCGCUCACUGGCUACCCAAUCAGAUGAAGGCUCAGUGGACAAGCCUUGCCCCUUCUCGCUGAGGCCUUCAGACAUUGGCAGAUGAAAUUGAUUGACAGAUCAGUCAGACCAGUGUCUGAUUGGGCGAGGAAUUUAAUCCAUAGAGAUAGAGGACUCAUCAUGUAUAUCAUCUGUUUUACCUUGGACAUUGCCAUCAUCCACCAUUUUAAAGUAGUCAACUGGGUGGGGAUUACAAUGGGUUGUAACUUCAAUGGUGCUGUCACAGACUCUAAUGGCACAGAUACAAAGAUGAUUCCUCUAUCUAACUCUAUGGUGUAACCAGGGAUGUAGCUAGGGGUGAGUGAUGUUUAGCCAAUAGAGGCCUACAUUCCUGGAGGUGAUGUCUGAUUUGAUUGGUCAGAAACUACAGGUAGUGACAUCAUCAAGGCGGGGCAUGUCCACUGGGUCUCGUCAGACACAUGCCUUCCCAUGAUCCUCUGGGGUGAGGCGGAGCGGCUGGACGGACGGGGUCACAUGAUCAGACGUUUUCUAAUGAUUCAUGAUUUUGUAUAAAAUGUGAAACGGUGAUGAUUGGGAAAUAAAUAAAGUCCAUGUUGAUGUAACA